GGGCAGGUGACAUAACCUCGAAAGGCAUUUGCACGUUUGUUUUGAUCAUGAACAUUGUGAAAAACUUGCUGAAAACGGUUGUGCCAGCGCCCCAGAGAGCUCACAUGCACUUGUCAGCUGCUCUGGGGACGAAUUCAUUCAAUUUCGGCCCACGGAAAUGGGAGCGGCAUAACAAAACCAUAUUUCCGCCUGAGGAAGGAGUCACUCGACCGGCGUACGUGUGUCACAUCAAGAAGAACAUUCGCUACAGCCCCGAAAAGAUGUGGUACGUGGCGUGCCUGGUGCGUGGCAUGUCCGUGGACGAGGCGGUGAAGCAGCUGAGCUUUGUGCUGAAGAAGGGCGCCAGGGACGUGAAAGCGGCUAUUCUGGAGGCGCAGCAGCUGGCCGUGGAGAAGCACAAUGUGGAGUUCAGGAGUAAUCUGUGGGUGGCCGAGAGCUUCGUGGGCAAAGGCAGGUACUUCAAGGGCGUCCGGAGGCACGCGCGGAGGCGCAUGGGUGUGGUGGAGUACAAACACUGUCACUAUUUCGUGCGACUGGAGGAGGGGCCACCGCCGGAGCACUACUAUCCGGCCAAUCUGACGCCGCAGGAGCAGCUGGACAAGUGGCUGGACAAGAUGAGGAAGAGGAGAAUCACGGGAUCGCUUUAAGAGUGUGUUUUGCGUAUUAGUAAAAGUAGUUUUUGAGAACCUUCAGCAGAUGUUUGCUCAGCAAUUCACCGGGAACAAAAAGCACAUAAAAGAUGUGCGACUUGCGCAAAUAACUUUGUAAAUUGGUAACGAUCAAGAGACUGAUGGUCAAUAUUGGCUGAAGAGAUCACACGAAGGUUGUGUUGGAGGACAAAUUUUGCUUGAAAUCAUCUCUGAAUUAAAUUUCCAGGAAAAUCUCUGUCCUG